AUGAGCGUCCCGAUCAAGGCUGACUGCCAGCAGCCAGAUUACGAUGCAGAGCUGUACUCGGUUGCUGCCGCGUACUGCUUCCCGAUAUUGAAAAAUCUGCUCAACGUUUACAACAUGACAUUCAAAGCAGCCCCUGAACAGUCUUGCGAAGUCGAUGGAACGGGAACGCUGGAGGCGUUCCAGUUUCUAGAUAUCGGCUGCGGUUGUGGAAGCGUCACCAAGAAGUUACUGCUUCCGAGCAGCCCAGACAGCGUCCAUAGGAUCGUCGGAAUCGACAUAUGCUCAAACAUGGUCGCGUUUGCUCGUGAGCACAAUGCUCAUCCGAAACUCGCCUACGAAGAGCUGGACAUAACUGGAGAUGUGUCUCAGCUUCUCGAGAAGUACGGGCUUUUCGACCGACUCUACGUCUUCAACAGCCUGAACAGAGUGAAGGACCAAGCCGCGGCGUGGAGAAACAUGCAAAAGUUGCUCAAGCCUGGCGGAGAGUGUCUCCUUUUUUAUUGCGCUUGGUACAUGACGCCAGAUAUCUGGCGUGCGCUCGCCAAAAAGGAUCGCUGGAACAAGUUUGCACAGCUUUGGGAAAGCAUGGUACCCCUGACACAGGAUAUGCAAGGUACUGACGAAAGGCUGAAGUACGUGCGAUCAUUAGCGGAGGAAAUUGGGUUUGAAUUGAGAAGCUGCGAAAUCGCUCAUAUCUAUCUGCCCAUGCAUGAUUACGCAGCAUUACUGACGCCCGUGAUUCCCGGAAUUCAGUCUCUCACACCAGCGGAAAGGCAGAUGCUGCGGAAGGACACUGAGGAAGAAAUUCAAAAAUGGCAAGCCAGCCAUAAAAAUUCCCCACAGACUGACAACUACAUUAUACACGCGGUGAAGCCAGCCAUUGAAGAACCCGCGAACUGCUUUGCCUAG